AUGCCGCCUCAUCCUCGCGAACUCAAGGCAGAAGACAUCAGGCUCCCACCGGAGGUGACUCGUCUACUCUACGUUCGUAACAUACCUUUUAGCAUAACGAGCGAAGAGAUGUACGAUAUCUUCGGUAAGUACUGCAAAAAGGGUGGUAUUCGUCAGAUUCGAAUCGGUUGCGACAAGGCCACAAAAGGCACGGCCUUCGUUGUUUACGACAAUAUCUACGACGCCAAGAGAGCUGUCGAUCAUCUCACCGGCUUCCAGGUAGCGAAUCGGUACCUUAUCGUGCAGUAUUACCAACCCACUAAGAUGAGCAAGAAGGUUGACUUGAAGAAGAAUGAAGAGGAGCUCGCUAAGUUGCAGGAGAAGUAUGGAGUCUCUACUAAAGAUAAGUGA